UUUCCUCCUCUCUCCAAAAUUCAAAACAAUGGCACUAUCAUUCCUUUUCCUCUUGUUUACAUUCCUCCUCCCAUCUCUCAUUGCCUCAUCUCCAACACUCAAAGACCCUGAGCUAGUAGUCCAAGAAGUCCAUAGGAAAUUGAAUGCCUCGAGGAGGAAAUUGGGGUUCCUGUCCUGCAACACUGGGAACCCCAUCGAUGACUGCUGGCGGUGCGACUCUAACUGGGAGAAAAACCGCCAGAAGUUGGCCGACUGCGCGAUUGGUUUCGGCAAGAAUGCCAUCGGGGGCCGAGACGGAAAAAUCUACGUCGUGACAGAAUCCGGGGGCGACGACCCCGUGAACCCGAAGCCCGGGACGCUCCGCCACGCGGUCAUCCAGGACGAGCCGCUAUGGAUCAUAUUCGCGCGCGACAUGGUCAUCCAAUUGAAGGAGGAGUUGAUCAUGAACUCUUUCAAGACCAUUGAUGGUAGGGGGGCUAGUGUGCACAUUGCCAAUGGUCCAUGCAUCACCAUCCAAGGCGUGACCAACAUCAUCAUACAUGGCAUCCACAUACAUGAUUGCAAGCAAGGCGGGAAUGCUAUGGUGCGGGACUCCCCACAGCACUACGGGUGGAGGACCAUAUCCGACGGCGACGGCGUGUCGAUCUUUGGCGGGAGCCACGUGUGGGUUGAUCAUUGCUCACUCUCCAACUGCAAAGAUGGCUUGAUUGAUGCCAUCCAUGGGUCCACCGCCAUCACCAUAUCAAACAAUUACAUGACCCAUCAUGAUAAAGUCAUGCUUUUGGGGCAUAGUGACUCAUACACACAAGAUAAAGGGAUGCAAGUCACCAUUGCCUUUAAUCACUUUGGUGAAGGGCUAGUUCAACGAAUGCCGAGAUGCAGACACGGAUACUUUCAUGUGGUCAACAAUGACUAUACACAUUGGGAGAUGUAUGCCAUUGGUGGGAGUGCGGAUCCCACAAUUAACAGCCAAGGCAAUAGAUUUCUUGCACCAAAUGAUAGAUUCAGCAAAGAGGUGACCAAACACGAGGACGCACCCGAAAGUCAGUGGAAGAGUUGGAAUUGGAGAUCCGAAGGGGAUCUAAUGUUGAAUGGCGCAUAUUUCACGCCGUCGGGGGCUGGGGCGUCGUCGAGCUAUGCUAAAGCGUCGAGCCUUGGCGCCCGACCGUCGAGCCUAGUCAGCUCGAUCACGGCCGGAGCCGGUAGCCUGAAUUGUCGGAAGGGGUCUCAUUGUUGAUUGGAAAUGACUAUUAUGACCUUGUGAACGAGGCUAAAUUAUUUCAUUAAAGCCUUCAAAGUGGAAUUCUAGCUAAGGAACCCUAAAUGAUGUUGAAAUUUGAAUUUAAUGCUCUUCUUUAGAAUGGCCACUUAAUUGGUCCAAGGAGCAAUAGGGUUUCUUUCUUUUUUUCUUUUUGAGCUUUUUCCUUUUUAAUUUUAAUUUUUGUUUUUACUUUGGUGGAUCUUUAUUUCCAUCAUUUUUUCACUUUUGGAACUUUUUAUUACAACCUCGGCCUGCUAAUCCUCAACCAUGGGUAGUACCGUCAUUUUACACUUGUAAUUUGGUUUUUGAGAAAGCAAGUGCUGAGGAGUUGAUAUAUAAUAUAAUAGUAGUACUAAAUUUUCCUCUA